AAGUGGCACAUUCAAAUAAUUUGUAUAUAAAAGUAUGUAGGGUAGGGGGCCUGUGAUGUAAGACAGCUCCUAUUAUCUAACACAACUGAUAUUUUCUGUUGCAAGGCCAACAUGAAAGACCACAGGAAACUGAUUAUGCACAAUUCCAGUAUGUAGUAGAAUCCUAUGUCAAGAUGACCCUACUCAUACCUCAAGGAGGAAGGAGUAGGGUAGAACUGUUAGAAUUAGGUAUUCAUGGCAGUGAGAUGACUAGGUUUUGGCAUUUGGAAGAAGAGACCAUAUGUUUUUCUGAGAAUUUGGCAUCUUCCUUCCAGUCUGCAUUGCAUAAAAAACCAGAUCACCAGUAAGGUAAAAUCCCUGUAAUUAUUAAGAUGGGUUAGUGGAGGUAUAGCUCCACUCUCUCUUGACCUUGGCACCAGAUGGAAGUGUGUGUGAUUAGCUUCAUGUCACAGUCUCUUUACCCUCAGAGAAAGGACCUCCAGUAAUGGCGCACCUCUCGACAAAUUCAGUAAAUUUACCACAUUAAUGAAUGGGGAAGUUUACAAAAACUAGCUGUGGUCUGUUUCUUAGCCUACCGUGUAAGGUAUAUUUUCAACGGUAUUGCCUACUGAAUGUGACGCAUGCGUUCCAUCGACAAUCAGUGUUGGUAAUCCGUGGUGUAUAAUACGUAAACAACACUUCUUGAUUGAUCAUACGUAGAAAUGUCAACGUGACAUUUUCCGAGGAAGGAACUGGCUGUCCGAGAUAAGCUGAGGUCCCCUGCAAAAUGCCACCAACUACAUUCGUUCGCAUCCGAUUUGAUGCCAUAAUCGAUCAAGUAACCGACCAUUUAACAUGUAUACUUCUGUGGGAGUAUCGCAUAUCCUCCUCGUGUGUAUUUUCAACAUGGAUAUCUCCAUUUUAAUGGCCACUGCCACCAGCUGCCACUCAGUGGGAAAAGUUUGUGGAAGUCAGAAUUGGAGACAGUACAGACGAUACAUCUACAACAGGGCAGGAGAUAUAAUUACUCGUCGACAGUCCUGUACAAAGAGACAGUAUUUUGAUAUAUCUGAAGGUCGGUGUUCAGGUAUUCCUGGAGGUGGUUACAUCGUGUUUGUGGACAACAAUGCAGCAUGUAACAUAGCAGGCUUAAUACCACAUCCUACAGAAGCUCGAUACUAUCGUGUGUGCAAGUCUUAUAAAGUUAUUGUGGCAAAGUGCCAAAGACCUGCAAAUUUUAACACACGCAGACUUCACUGUGGACAUCGAUACAUAGUUUCAAGUCGGGACUCUAAGUUGAACAAAUCUAACUAUCACCCAAAGCUUCCUGUUUGUGUAAAGGAAGGUCAAUUCCCAUCUCCCAACACUUGUUCUUCCUAUUAUAUGUGCAGAAGGAAUGGCACACGUUUUGUACAAACUGAAUAUAAGUGUCCACAGAACUCUGUGUAUAAUGCUACUCUUGGAAAUUGUGACAUUAAGAAAGAAUGUAAACUGAAGAAUACAUCAACAACCUUGCUAAGACCAAUAUCAAACAACGAGUAUCCAAAAUGCACAGCAGCUGGAAAAGUGUAUGUUCCAUCCAACUGUACCAUGUACUGCAUGUGUAGCUCAAGGAGGAGUGGGGAUUUUAUUCGAGAAUGUUAUUCAUGUCCAAGCGGCUAUGUCUAUGAUCCGAACAUUGAAGACUGUGCUGAAGGAUCACACUGUAUCCAAGAUGUUGAAGAAACAAAGUAUGAUUUACAACAAUCAGUUCUAAAAAUCAUACCACAAAUUUCAACUUCAGCACCAUAUGUCACCAGUGAAUUUAAAGAUACUGCUGUAACAACAACUCCUCAACUGAAUGAAAGAACUAAUUACCAUAACACACCUUUUGUAAGGACUUCAGAACUACCAGAAUACACUUCAGUAUCACAUCCCAUGAAGUAUGAUAACACAGAAGGAGCAGAUAUAAUGAAUAUAAACAAACAAUCACAUCAUAAUAUAACACAGUUGUACCCAGUAGUGGAUUCAUUUGAAUAUCCCAAACAAGCAUAUAUUACAAUUAAAUCAAGUACUAUUGAAAGUUAUCAAAUGGAUUUUCAAAGUACUACUGACACAGAUACUCUUGUAUUUACAGCAAACAAAUCAAGAAAGAAAAACUUUACAGAAAAAGAUACUCCAAAGUUUGUCAUGCAGACACAUUCAACAUUAACCAUAAAUGUAGAAUCCCAAAAUGUUACAGAACAGACCCUAUCAGAUAUUAAGAUAUAUGAAGAAAAACAUGUAGUAUCUUCUAAAUCUUUAAAAGCAGCAGACACAGAGUUUCAACCAACACAGAAUACAGCAGAUAAAGUACAAGAAAAUAAACAAGAAUUUAUUAGACCAAGUGUGGCUUCAAAUUGUAUUUCAUGUUCAGAAACGCAAACAAUUUACAGCAAAGAACAAGAAAAUGUUUUUGAAAAUAGAACUGAACAAUCAUUCAAGGCACCUCUCACAACAACACACUCCCCUUUAAAUUGCUGUAAAGCAGGUCAGUCAGGAUUAACAGUUUCUAUGACACAGGCAUGUAUAGAAACAAAUUUACUUUCCAGUGAAUGUGCACAAACCUCUCUACCAGAGGCUGUAAAUUCUUCAGAACUUACAUGUAUAAACGUGAAUCCUAAACCUCAACCAACUAUGGAGCCCAUAUCACUAUACAGAGAUUUUAUUCUGAAACAGACACAAGAAGAACAUUCUGAAACAGAUAUUGCAGAACAAAUAACUCCUUCCAAAACAGCCAGCACAACAGCAGCUCAUGGAAAUAAAUACAUACAUUGGGAUUGGCAACAAACACAAGAAAUAAAUAUAUUAACUGCUGACACAGAGAUUUCAGAAUUUCAGCCUGAAGAAAAAAAUGUAACACCAUCAUUAACAAAAUAUUGGCAAUCAAUGUUAAAACCAGCAGCUGAACACAUGGCGACUGAGGCUGAACAUGAGCUCGAAUCUUCCGCUGAAACUGAAUUUAGAACAUCAACAUACAAUACACAACACUCAAAUACAGUAACAAAAGUGAUAUCAAAAGAACUCCCUGAAACAUCAAGUACUUCAAUACUGGUGCUCAAGGCAAAGGAAGAAUAUACAACAAUAUCAGAAACAGCUGAACAGCAACGAGUAACAAAUAAUGUAACACAUUUACCACCAUUACAGACAGCUAGUAAAACACCAAAACCUUACACUGAACCAGAAGAUAUAAAAACAGAGUCAUUCUUGCCACAAACAAAUGACACACUUUCAAAAGCUGGCCCUAUUCAACAUGUGACUGCAUCACUUUUUACUCAGUUGCCACAAUUACAAAAUACUAAUACAAAACAAACAGCUCAUACUGAACUGGAAAAUAAUAUAAAUUCUGCAAGUUUACCUCUACUACAUUUAAAGGAAGUGACACCUAUAGCUUAUUCUGAUCAACAUGGAAUAUCUGCUACAACAUUUCAGCCACAAUUACCAGCAACCAGAACAACACUAACCGGUUACUCUGAAUUAGAAAAUAAUACUACACCAAUAACCUCAACAAUCAUACACGCCAUUACCACAGAAUUUGAAGUUUUCACUACAAAACAAGGAACUGCAUCACAUCCUACUACUUUACCAUCAGAGCUGGAAAUUAAUUCAGGAAAAACACAUUUCUCUGAUUCAGAACAAAGUAAAAAAUCCAGACUUUCAUCAAAGUCGCUGACAAAUAUUGAUGUUACAAAACCUCUCUCUGAGAAGCAAGAUAUUUUAGUGCACACAUCAUCUUCAUCACUGCUACAUAAGAUUAGCACAACACGAAUGGGUAAAUCUGAUGCAGAAAAUAAAACAGUUUCAGCAGUGUUACAAAACAGUACCACUGGUCACUCUGAUCUUGAAAAUAUUACAGUAUCAACACAGUCACUAAAGUCACAAUUAAGUACUGUAGCACCAAAUAUUUAUAGCAAUGGCCAGGAAACUGCACCUAUUAUGACAUUCUUACCUCUGUCAGAAAAAACUAGUAAAGUACCAACAUCUUACACUGACCCUGGUUAUAAAACUGUACCACCAGUGUCACAAACCAGUAUCACAGGAAAGGAAGCUUCCUUUGUUCAACAAGUUACUGUAUUGCCUUUAACACCUUUACCAUUACAAAGAAGCAGUACAGAGGUAGGUCCUUACUCUGAGGUCAACAAUGUCACUUCUUAUACAUCACAGUCAAGACUAUUAUCAUCAGAAUCACACUCUAACCACCAAAGAGGGACAUCUAAUACAUCACCUUUACCACCAUUACAGACAGUUAGUACAACAAGAAUAUUUUACACAUAUCCAGACAAUAUAACAACAGUGUCAUUAAUGCCAAUAAGAAAUGCCACACUAUCAGAUGCUUACUCUCCUGAACAGGUGACUGCAUCACUUACAACUCUCUUAACACCAUUUCAAAGUAGUAAUACAAAACCAGAAACCCAUUCUGAAGCGGACAAUAAUACGAGUUCAACACGUUUACCCCUGCCAUAUUCAAAGCAAGUGGCACCUGAAGGUUACUCUGAUCAACAUGGAAUAUCAACUAUGACAUUUCUGCCACCAUUUCCAACAACCAAAACAAUGGAAAUCACAGACUCUGAUCCAGUGAAUAAUACAAGUCUGAAGAUCUCAACAACAUUAGAAAGUAAUAUCAUACAAUCAGAAUCUCUAACUUCUAAACAUAAAAUUACAUCACUUCCUACACUUCUGCCAUCACAACACAAAAUUAGUACAGAACAAAAAACCUGCUCUCAACAAGAAACAUAUAAGACUUCAGCAUGUUCACUGAUAUCAAUGUCAAGCUCUAAAGGACAAAAGGACUUUACUAAUAAACAAGAUGUAUUAACCUAUACAUCUUCACCACUAUUUCAGAUAAGUACCACAAUAUCAGAAACUUAUUCCAAUAAAGAAAAUAAUACAAUUUCAAGAAUGUUACAGACCACUGUCAGAGGUCACCCUGAUCUGGACAAUAGUACAUCAUCAACAAGUUCACAAACAUCACGACUGAGCAAUGUGGUACCAAAUGUUUAUACUGAUGACCAGGAAACUAAAACAUUUAUGGCAUUUUCACCAUUAUCACAGAUGGUUAGUGAAGCACCUAAAGCUACUUUUGACCCUGAUGAUAAACCUACUUCAAUCAUUUCAUCAUUCUCACAAAUGAAUAUUACAGACCUGAAAACUUUCUCUAUUCAUCAAGUAAAUACAUCAUCUUCAACCUUUUUACCAUUUCAGAGUAGAAGUACAGAAGUGGCACCUCACUUAGAACUCAGCAAUGAUACAACUUCAAUUAAUUCAUCAAUGUCUCAAUCAAGUACAGUCAUAUCAAAAGCAUGUUCUGAUGAACCAGAAACAACAUCACUGCCUCUAUUAUUUACAACAAGAACAGUACCAAUUUUACCGAUUGCUUUCUCUAAUCAUCACGUCAAUACAUCAUUCAUAACUAUGUCACCACAGUUACAGAAUAGUAAUACUAAAACAAUAACUCAUUCUGAACAUGGUAAUAAUACAACUUCAACAGACUUAUGUCUAUCAAAUUCAAAUGAAAUGGCACCUAAAGUUUACUGUGAUCAACCCAGAAUAUCAGCUACAACAUUUCUGUCACCAAUACCAACAGGCAGUAGAAUUCUACUCAAUUACUCUCACUCAGAAAAUAAUACUACUCCAACAAUCACAACAACUGUAAAAAGCAAUCAAAGCAGUAUCACUGAAUUUGAACCUUUCGUUAAGAAACAGGUAACUGCAUUACCUCCUACUCAUUUUCCAUCACAACAGAAAAUUAAUUCAGGAACAGUAGAUAACACUUAUUUAGAAAAAUAUAACACUUCAACAAAUUCACCAAUGUCAUUGCCAAAUACUGAAAUUAUAAAGACAUUCUCUGUCAAACAAGAAGUAUCAGCCUAUACAACGUCUUCACCACAGCUGCAUAACAUUAGCACAACACCAGUGGAUUACUCUGACCCAGAAAAUAAUACAAUUUCAACAGUGUUACAAACCAGUACCACUGGUCACUCUGGCCUGGACAAUAAUGCAAUUUCAACAAGUUUACCAAUUGUUUAUGCUGAUCACAAGAAAACUACAACUGUCAUGACAUAUUCACAACUGUCAGAGACAAUUAAUAACGGACCAACAUCUUACACUGACCCUGAAUACAGAACUGUUUCCUCAGUGUCAGAAACCAUAAUCACAGAAUCAGAUGGUUCUUUAGCUCAGCAAAUUACUGCAUCACCUUUAGGACUCUUACCAUUACAGAGAAGCAGUACAGAAUUAGAACAUCAUUCUGAGCUCAAAAGUGAUACAACUUCAUACAUUUCACUCACAUCACAGUUAAGUAUGGCAGUACAAACAGAAUAUUCAGAUCCAGACAAUGUAACAACAUUAUCAAAAAUGUCAGAACCAACAGCCUCUAUUCAUCAAGUGACUCCUUCACUUAUAACUUUGCUGCUACCAUUACAAAGUAUUACCACAAAUAAAAAUAUAGCAGCUUAUUCUAAACUGGACAGUAAUACUAAUCAAACUGGCUUAAAUUUGUCACAAUCAAAGACAAUAGUACCGAAGACUUAUUCUAAUCAAAAUGGAGCAUCAGAUACAUCCUUGCCAUCACUGCCAACAAACAGUAUAACAUUAACCACUUUCUCUGAUCUGGAAUAUAAUACAAUUCAAACAAUUUCAACAAUUUUACAAACCAAUGUCACAGAAAUAGAAGCUGUCUCUUCUCAGCAAAUUACUGCAUCACCUUCUACACUUUUGUCACCAGAACAGGAAAUUAAUACAAAACAAACUAAUUAUUCUGAUCCAGAAACAAACACAACUUCAGCAAGUUCACUUAUAUCACUGACAAGUAGUGAAGACCCAAAGGAUUUCUCUGAUAAACAAGAAAUUUCAACCUAUACAUCUUCACCACUAUUUCAGAUAAUGAGCACAGUGCCAGGAAGUUAUUCCUAUACAGAAAAUAAUACAGUUACAUACACCACCACAACAGGUCAUUUUGAUCUGGACAAUAAUAUAUCAACAACAAGUUCACAAAUGUCGCAACUAAGUACUGUGGAACCAAGUGUUUAUAAUGAUCAGGAAAUUACAAACUAUAUGGCAUUUUUACCACUAUCAGAGACAGGUGAGCAAAUAGCCACAGUUUCUCCUGAUCAUGAUAACAAGUCUAUUCCAACCAUUUCAACAUUAUCAGAAAGUAGUAAUACAGAAUCAGAAGUUUACACUGUUUAUCAAGUAAAUACAACAACUUUGACUUUUUUACCAUUUGAGAAAACUGGUACAAAAGUGACAGCUCGCUUAGAACUCAGCAAUGAUACAAAUUCAAACAGUUCACAAACAUCACAGUCAAGUACAGUUAUACCAAAAGUAUAUUCUGAUGAACAAGAAACAACAGCCUAUAGUACAUCUUCACCUCCAUUAUGGACAAUUACUACAGUACAAAAUGAUAAUAAUGAAUCUGAUAAAAAGACAAUUGCAUCAACUUCUUCCAUACUGGGAACCUAUGUCACAGUUCCUAACGACUACUCUGUUAUAUAUACAGUAUCACCUGCAACAUAUUUAUCAACAGUAGAGGAAAGUAAGACAGUACUAACCACUUCUUCUGAGCAACACAUGGAAGGGAAUACAGAAAUCUCAUCUGUGUUACAAUCAAGAACAUUUGUAUCAAAAUCUUAUUCUGAUCAACAAAAAGUUACUGCUGAUGCAAUAUCUUCGCAACCAUUACAGGCCAUUCAUACAACACCAACAGCUUACUCAGAUCCAGACAGUAUGACAGUGUCAUUAAUUCCAGAACCCAGUACAAUGGCAUCAAAUGCUUACUCUAUGCAGCAAAUGACAUCACUCAUAACUAUCUUACAACAAUUACAUAAUAUUAAUACAAAACCAACAGCACAUUCUGACCUGGAAAAUAAUAUUUCAGCAAGUUUACCCCUGUCACAUUCAAAUGAAAUGGCACCUGAAGCUUAUUCCAAUCAACAUGGAAUAUCAGCUACAACACCUUUACCACUUUUACCAAUAAGCAGUACAAUAGCAACAACAGACUAUGAUGCAGAAAAUAAUACAACUCAGACAAUCUUAACAAUUACAGAAAACAAUGUCACAGAAUCAAAAGCAAUAACUUCUCAACAAAUGACUGCUUCACCUCCUAUGCUUCUACCACUACAUAAAGAAACUGAUACAAACCUGACAGCUUAUUCCGAUCUAGAAGCAAAUGAAACUUCAACAUGUACAUUAUCGUCACUGCCAAGUACUCAAGUACCAGAGGAUCUAUAUGCCAAACAAGAUUUAUCAGAUUAUGCAACACCUUUACCACUGUAUCAGAUAAGUAUCACAACUCCAAGUAACUCUCACACAGAAAAUAAUACAGUUUCUACAGUAUUAGAAACCAGUACCACAGGUCACUCUGAUCUGGACAAGAAUACAAUAUCAACAAGUUCACAUAUGUCAAAAUUAAGUAAUGUAGCACCAAAUGUUUAUGUUGACGAACAAGAAACUACAACUGUUAUGACACUUUUAUCUUUGUCAGAGAAAAUUAGUAAAGUACAAACACCUUACACUGACCCUCAGUAUAUUAAUAAUCCAACAAUGUCAUCAGUCUCUUCGACCAAAAUCACAGAAUCAGAAGCUUCCUUUGUUCAAUAUGUAACUGUAUUGCCACAUUUACCAUUACAGAGAAGUAGCACAGAAUUAGGUCCUGACUGUGAAUUAGGUCCUGACUGUGAGCUGCACAAUGAUACAACUUCACAGAUUUUACCAACAUCACAGAUAAUUACAGCAGUACCAACAGACUAUUCAGAUGAAGAAGGAGCAACAGCCUAUACUACACCUUCACCACAAAUACAGACAAUUACUGUGGUACCAAAAGGUUACUCUGACCCUGAUAAUAAGACAGUUCCAACCAAUCAACCUAUGCCAUGAAUCACUGUGUACAUUUACUGAAGAUUACUCUACCGUACAAACAAUUUCAUCUGAAAUAUAUUAUUUGUCAUCAGAAGAAAGUGACACUGUAUUAACCGCAUCAUCUGAAACAGAUAUUCAAACGACUACCAGAAUUUCUUAUAUGCCUCUGUCAACAAAAUUAGUAUAAAAUCAUACUCUAGCCAUCAAGGAUAUACAGCUAAUGUAACAUCUUUACCACUAUUACAGACAGUACAGUAACAACCACUGUAUAUAAAGGUAUUUGUAUUCUACAAAUGACUACAUCACUUAUAACUUUGUUAGCUCCAUUAGAAUGUUCUAAUUGUAUAACAGCAUCUCAUUUUGAACUGGCCAACAACAAUACAACAGGUUUACAAGUGCUAUAAUCAAACACAAUGGUACCAAAAAAUGGCCUUAAUCAAAGUGGAAUAUCACGUACAACAUUUCUGCCAGCAUUACAGACAAACAGAAUAGUACCAAGCACUUACUCAGGCACAGGAAUUCAUACAACUCUAACAAUUUCAGCAAUUUUACAAACCAAUACCACAGAAUAAGAAGUUUUAUCUUCUGAACAAGUUACUGUUUACUGAUUCAUCUGCUACUCUUUGCUACAACAAUGUGAAAUUAAUAAAGAACCAGCGGCUUAUUCUGUUGCAUAUAGAAAUAAACUUCUAGAAGUUCACCAUUGUGUCUGCCAAAAACUGAAGUUGAAAGGCUAUCUCUGAUAAUUAAGAAUAGCCUAUAGAACACUGACACUGCUGUGGCAAAAAAUUAACAUAAUACCCUCUGACCCAGAAUUUAAUACAAUUUCUAUAGUAUUACAUUCCAGCAUCAUAGGUUGUGCUGAAAAAAAGAAACUAUAAUCCAAUACUACAUCCUCAUCCCAUGAUGAAUAAUUAGUAUGCUACCAAAUGAUUACCCUGACCCCAGACAAUAAAAGGAUUUCACAAAAUUGU